GGCUCAUAGAUACUAGGGGUUGCAGUGAUCAGUACCAGAUGUCUUCUGGUGUAUCAAGAUAGUGGUGUUUUGCUCGUCACACUCUUAUUUUUUUGUAUCAAACAUACAAUCCAAGCGGGCGCCAUUUCCGAUCCUUAGGGGCGAUACAAGGCAUCGCCGAGGCACCGCCCUCCCUUUUAUUUUUUUAUUUACAACCGAGACAUUGUGGCAGCUCCGAGAGACAGAUACAGUAGCCGGGUCACUGAGCUCUGCUCAUUAAUACGCAUUUUCAGCAAUUAAGUGGGACCCUGGAGGGAUAGGAUGUGGUCUCUGCUGAUCCUGGCGUUGGCUGUGCUCGAUGUGGAGUGCAUGUAUACCACACGUGAACGACUGGAAAAUGGCCGUCGACUUUCUAUCAAGAUCCCCAAGGAGGCGGACAGGCUAGAGUUCGUACCUGCAGAACCGCCAAGCACCUUGUAUACGAUAUGGAGCCGCGGGACUUCACCCAAGAAAGGAAGAAUAUAUGGCAGCAGCAGCAGCUCGUCGAGUACAUCAGAUCAGCGCUGGGAGUUAUCGGCAGUGGGAUUCGAUGAUGAAGGCACUUACAGGCUGAUGGACUACUGGAACAAGGAGAUCAAAGCCAUCCUACUGGCUGUAACAACUAGACAUUCAUACAUUGAUCGAGUGGCAGGAGAGGACCUGUACAUCUCCCUGGAAGGCAGCAACUACCACGAGGCCACGCUGGUGUUCUCCGGAGAAUCCGGCAACUACACCCUGGUGAAAGAUGGGGCACCCGUGGGCAAUGACCUGCCCGACUAUUCGGGGCGGGUGAAAAUCAUCAACAGCAGAAUCACCAUCACCUGGGUCAACUCGACAGAUGUCGGCAGAUACAGGCUCUAUGAUAGCCGAGACCGGCUGGUGUCAGUCACCAAAAUGACUUUGGUUGAUGAGCAUCCGAGCUCCGGGAAUCCCCUGCUGGCCCUGCUGCUAUUGCUUGGCAUCCCCGCUGGCGUCUGCUGUUGCUGCCGCAAGAAGAUCUUCCGCAAGAAGGCCACCACUACCGCCACGCACGUGAUCGCAGACAACCCCCCACCCGGAGGACCUCCCUCUUACAACACCCCCAUGAUCCCCCCAGGAGGAUCUGGUGGCCAGGUAUUUUACCAUGGGGGGCCCACUCCAGAUCCUAAUGCGGGCUACUCACCGGGAUAUCAACCAGCUAUGGGUCCAGCUGCACCUCCUCCACAGAACCCUCUCUACCCCUCCGUGCCCGCAGCACCUGGCUACCAGCCAGGCUAUGACCCCCAGAAUCCGGCCUACCCGCCCCCAGCGCCUGCACCUGCAGGACCCCCGCAGUGGAAUGGCCCACCACCUGGCAACCAGUACGCACCCGCGGCUCCAGGCUACGCCCCAGUAAGCUACAGUGCUCCUCCAGCCACCUACGCGGAGCCCCCCAAGGAGGAGAUGAAGAUGACGGAGAUGUCUCCUGCUGCUCCCCUGCUUACCCCUCCCCAGUCUCAGCCUCAGGAUGGACAACCCUCCGCUCCUACGGAUGUCUUGUCAGCCGCCCAGUUCCAGCUCGACGCAGGAAAGGGUUCCAACUUCCUGUAGCCUUCCUGCAGAAUGCCACCAGAACCCCUCCACACUCCGAGACUAAGGGCCUUUCUGCUCGUCUCACCCCGGAGAGCCUCUUAAAGUACUACUUCAGGAGCCUUUUCGAUUUCUGUUUUUCUUUAUUUUUGAGAUUUAAUGUGGAUUAGGUAAAAAAAAAGAAGAUAUUAGGCAGGGGGUUUUGAAAGGACUCUGUUACAAGAAGGUCUUUCUACUAAAAAAAAAGUUUGUCUUUUUCUGAGAGUUUUAUGCUGUGUUUUAAAAAAUGAAUUGGUUGGUGUCGCAGGUGAUCUUAAGCUUUAUUCUUGGAAGUUGUUGCGUUUGUCUCUUUUUUCUUUUGAUUCAGUGGCAAAGAGUAGCUGGACAACUUGCCUUAUUCUAGAAAUUGAGAACAUACCACAGUGACACAUCCAUCUCAUCUUUCAUGGAGACCAGAAGAGGCAACCCACUCUUUUUUUCAACCUCUCAGGACAGACAAGUUCAAGUGCUUUCAAACAAGCAGCAACAAUUCAAUUUGUAUGUUUUUUUUAUCUGUGUUACUAGGACCAAGUGUACAUGCCUUUGUCCUCCUGAACAGGACUAUACUUUAUGUUAUAAAAGUACAAAUAUUUUACUUUCACAGCACACAACAGGGUAGUUUUGAGUGGCCGUGGUAAUUACAGUAUAUUGUGGUUUAGAACACAGAUGAAACAGCUGGGAAAUGUCUUUCCUGUUUAGAGCAGCUUUCUUUGAUGACUGGACGUCCCUUAUAUAUGAAAAGAGUACUCGCAUAUUGGACCGUACAUGAAGCCAUCUUAUCCUCUUUUGAUGCCAACAAAUGUGUCAUCAACUAUUUUUUUUUAUAUGGCACCUUUUGAACAACAUAGUAGUUCAUUAAACAGUAGGUGCUUUCCAAAGCAAGCAAAUUUGAACAUGUAAAAAGUAAUCGAGGACAGAGCCACAUGAAACACAACAUACAUACCUGAGUGCAUGGAAUGUCACCCUAGAUUUCAUAAAACUUUGCUUUUUUUAUGACUGUUACUCAGCAAGAAUGUCACCCAGCACGGAGAGCAAGGAUUGUAUCCGCCUUCUGGUUUCUCAAAGACCAAAGACGGCCUGCAAAAAUAGCUUUCUUGUGGGUGGUGCCUUCUCCACACCGGACAUGAUCACCCUGGAAUCCCUAGAGAGUCAACACAAAUCCAUCAGGCACUACUGCUUUGUGGACGACCCAUCUUGAAACAUGAAGGAUAUCCCACAGGAUGUUACUCGACUGAUACCUCUGACCGGUUCCAGCUACUCUUGUACAUGUUCUAGUGUGAAAAGUUUCUGUUGACAGUUGUAAGCCUGAGGUGAAGCCUGAAUUUUUCAACCAUCAGUCUUGUUGCGUAUGACACACAACCGUGUUAGAUGUUGUAAAUGCUAAUUAUGAAGGCAGCAAGGGGACAACCACUGCCAGGGUAUGACAUGGCGCCACAUUUUACAACACAUUUGUACUAGGGCAAGUUUUACCCUUGGAUGACCUCUUCGGUAUCAUGAGCUAAAAAAAAUGUAAUGAUAUUGUCCCUGUGUUUUUUUUAAGCCAUUGUCUAUAUUCAUUUGCAAAAGUAUUUUCUUUUUAUAUGAGUCACAUCAACAACAUUUUUGCACACCACUAGUAAAUACCCCCAAAGAGAUGUCACAUUAUUAUUGGAUUUCUACAGAAGUGUGUGCAAACAGGCCAUGCACAGUACAUUUAUCAAAGUAGACAGCCAGAUGCAACUUGUAUUUACUGUUGUACUACAUUUCAAGGGCAGUUAGUAGAAAGACAGUCUUCCGUCAAAAGAAAUAUUCAUGUCUUUAAUGUAACAUAGAGGUCAGAAGUUCUGUAUGUCAUAGUAUAAUAGCCUGUAGAUGCGUGUGAUUACUGUUAACUCUGUUUAGCUUUGUAUGUUUGAAGCCAAACUGUAACUAGACAAGACUACGCACAUAUGAAACCCUUGAAGUUUAUGUCAGAUCAGACAUAAGGAAUGUCAUGUAGUGUUCUUUUUUCAGUGAAUGCAUUCAUUGUAAUAAUGUGUUUUUCUGCACUUACUAAAUAAAUACAGCAGACAUA